AUGCAAUUGUGGGUAGCCUUGCUUAGCGGCGAAAAGGCGGCUCUUGAAGUGUCCACUACCAGCAGCGUCCGUUCUGUAAGAACGCUGGCCCAAACGGCGUUGCGCAGGCCAUUGUUGGGCUUGGCACGCUCCGAUUCUCCAACAGAGGUGCCACUGCCAAAAGAUUCCACCUUGGAUGAGUUGCAGAUUCCUGAGAACAGCGUGCUCUAUGCGCUCGUUGGCCGGCUACGUGUAAAGUCCACACGCUUUGCCUUUGCAGCCUGUCAGGGGGAUGGCUCUGCCGUAGCUUGGGGCUCUCCCUUUGCUGGAGGUGACACCAGUGAGGUGGCCGACCAGCUUGCGGAGGAUGUUCAGGAUGUUUCUGCGAAUCUGAUGGCCUUUGCCGCUGUAAAGAUUGAUGGCAGCGUUGUGACGUGGGGUCAUCAGUCAUGUGGGGGGCAAAUCAGCACUGAGCUCAAGGCGCGCCUGAGUGGGAACAAUGGAGUUAGGAAGAUUGUUGCCAGCCACCGGGCCUUUGCUGCUUUGAAACGCGAUGGAAGCGUGGUGUGCUGGGGCUGUCACUUCCACGGGGGGCAAACACCCAGUCUUUGCUGCAAAGAUCUCAGCAAUAUAUUUUCCACGACUGGUGCCUUUGCAGCUGUGGACAGCAAGGGUGCCGUAGUCACAUGGGGGCAUGCAGCUUCCGGUGGCGACAGCACACCCGUGGCUGAUCAACUGCAGGAGGGCAUUACCCAAGUGUGCUCCAACAACUCUGCAUUCGCCGCUCUGCGCCGAGAUGGUGCGGUCGUGGCAUGGGGAGCGCCACAUGCCGGCGGCCAGCCGGACCUGGAAGCUCUAAACAGUGGAGUCAUCAAGGUCUUCUCGACGGACGCCGCCUUUGCGGUGCUUCGAGCUGGCGGUGAAGUCGUGUGCUGGGGCGAUGCUUUGUUCGGAGGAUGCAAGCAGGCAAGGAAAGAAGAAAAGAAGUAA